UGGGACUGCACUCAGGUGCAGGUGUUGCCAGGAACACAGCAUCACCGUGCUUGCCAGGGUCCCAGGAGGAGGAGUGAGGCCUGAAGCAGCCAUGAGGGCCUGAUGCCAUCCUGACCCCAGCCCUUCAUGGAGCAAGGACAGGGUGGGUGUGGCCACUUCUCCCUCACAAUGGCUUAUAGUCAUAGUGGUGGCAUUGGUCUUUCUCAGGAGUCUGGUGGCAGCGUGCCCAGCACCAUGCACCUGCCCGACCUCAGGCAGUGUGGUGGACUGUGGGGGGCCUCCACCUGCUCCGUCUCCCUUCCAGGCUGCCCGAUGGAGUCUGGCUUCUGGAGCUGAGCCACAAUCAUCUCAGCCAUCUGCCGGUUGGCGCCUUCCAGGGCCUCUGGGGACUGCGGGUGUUGCUGCUUUCUCACAAUGUCCUGCGGGAUCUGUCUGGUGGGGCCCUGGGGGGCCUGAGGUUCCUGGAGCAGCUGGACCUCAGCCACAACCAGCUGGCCCGUCUACCCCCAGACUUCUCAGCUACCCUGGGCUCUCUGCUCCGCCUGGACCUCUCUCACAACCUGCUCACUUCCCUGGACCCCAACAGCCUGUGGUGCCUGGGGAGCCUGGAGCAGCUUGACCUGAGCUACAACCAGCUGGCUGAACUGGCCGCAGGGGUCUUUGGGGGCCUCUUCCGCCUACGCUGGCUCUCGCUGGCUGGGAACCAGCUGAAGCGGGUAGAGGGGGCUGCACUGGCCACUAUGCCAGGCUUGGAAGUCCUCUCUCUGGCUGGGAAGGACAUCAGUGAGCUGGAGGCCAAGGCGCUUGCAACCUUAGGGGCACUGGGCCUUCUCUCUCUCGUGGGCAACCGACUGCAGCCCCUGGAGUUCAAGGCAGUGGCAGGCAUCCGGACGGCAGGCACGUGGCUGCUGUUGGCCAGCAACCCCUGGACAUGUGACUGUGACCUGCAUCGAGCCUUCGGAAAACUGGGUCACCUGCAGCACCUGCGUGUGGCAGACUUGGGCAACCUGACUUGCGCUGGGCCCGAAAGGCUGUCUGGGGCGAUGCUGAGCGGUGUGGAGGCCCAGCUUUGCCUGGCGGAGACUGCCUCUGUGCUGGGCAUCACAGGCAGCGUGCUGCUAACUGUGGCUGUGGCUGUGCUGAUGGCAGAGCGCAAGCGCAGGCAGGGCCCGGAAGAAGCCGGGGAGCUGGGGAGCUCUCUGGAGAGGUGAGGGGUGCUGCAGAGCAAGGUCAAGGCAGCUAGAGGAGGGAGAACAGAGGCAGGUGUGAGAGAGGAAAAGGGAAGUUCCUCAGAAGUCUGUGGAGCUCAGUUGGAGCUCAGUCCUCCCAGGUAUGGAGGAAAAAUUAAAUAUGAAAUUUGAACUCAGCUGAAUGUGGACACAAACAAUGGUCACCAAGUCCCGGAACGGGCUGUGUGAGCCCCUUGAGGCGUUCAUCAGUGCUGUUUCGGAGAAAUCUAUUUCAAUCUAUUCCUAUAUAUUAGUUAUUGAAAAACAAUAGACAAUCACAGAAACAAGUUGACCUUUUUGGUCACG